AUGUUUGCGGUAAUUGGUAGUAACAAUCUAUUAUUUUCACUGGAGAUGCCAUCAAUUGAUCCAUCAGCUGCAGAUAAAAUGUAUCAAUAUCAGUUUAUGCUUUAUUCUUCUCUUGAUGCACUUGAUUUUUCAGACCCUACUGCGUUUCAUGAAUGUAUCGAUACUGUAGAUUCAAACAAUAUUAGUGCAUAUGUCACUGCAGGGAAAACAGUCUUUCUUCUCGUUCAUCCAAGAAAGAAAUCUGAUUCAAUCAAAAAAUUCUUUAAACAUGUACACAAAGCUUACACUGAGCUUCUUAUGAAUCCUUUCUAUCAGGUUGGGUCUAUAAUUGAAAAUGAAAAAUUCAAAAAUACUGUGCUUGAGUGUUCAAACCUUAUCACUGGCUAA